CGUGUCUCCGUGUUGNGUUUGCUGCCGCUGCUGGCUGUGCCGCUGACAUGCCUUCAUUCUUCCUCUUCUUCUUCUUCCAUCUAGAGGCACCGGUAGUUCACGAGCAGGAUUCUUCAGGUUUUCCGCAGCGAUGGCACGGGAGUGACGGGGUGUCCGCCCGCCGCUUUGAAGGCACCCGCUGCGGAGGGAGAGAAUGUGCGGGGUGUGCGGCGUGUCUUGCUGCGAGUGUGUGGGGCACCACCCAUCGCAGCCUGCAGUGCGGCGUGGUGCGGAUCGGUGAGGGCAAAUAUGCGGCAGCGGCAGACUGUGCGGUGGACGUGGAUCUGCCCGGUCCUUCGCGUUGCGGGUGUGUGGGUGCGCUGUGCGGCUUGCUUCUCCUCCGCGUGUCUUUCGCCCUUGCACGGUGGGAGCGUAGUGGUUCGCCUUUGCGGUGUGACGUCUGCCGCGGUGUGUUUUGGGGUGCGACUCCGAGUUAUUCGUCUGUCGUCGUCACGGGGGUGCAGAGGCGGCGUGGCCAUCGGUGCCGUGGUGUUUUGGUUUUGUGCUGCUCACGCGACGUGUUGGAGCCGCUGCUUUCGAGUGGGCGUGUGCCUGGUGCAGCUGGCCGCCGUGUGAGAGGCGUGGGGAAGUGCGGCCCGUUUCGCGCCCAACGGAUGCAGGUGACGGCGUCGCAGCAGCCGCGGUGGAGGGGCUGA